CAAUUUAAUAAGAACACAAGCCCUAUUCAUCCUGUGGGAGUACUACUGUGACGUCUUUCAGAGAGCUUUGUGAUUGCUCAGCCCUAAGUGUAAGCCCUAUAAAAUGAUGGGCUUUGAAAUGCUGGUCAGAGUGGAGUGAAAGGCAGUUGCCUGCAAUAAUAGCCAACCAGUACCAAGUUCUGGUUCAGCUCUGAGAGCAGAGAACUGGUGGAAACUUUCUCGGCCUCAGAGGACUUCAGCACCUAAGACAGCUCCAAGAAUCUCCUUCGAUUAUAGAAAGCUCCCAAGGAACACUACUUGGCAAGGUACAAAGAUGGAAACCAGAAGUAAGUCCCAGCUCCUUGUGCUGCUAAUGCUGGUCAGCAUGCUCUUCUCACAAAUGUUGGCGUGGCCUCUUUUUGGAGCACCCUCUUCUCUGAGGUUAGAUGACAGAAUACCACUUGAAGGAGCAAAUGAACCUGAACAGGUUUCUUUAAAAGUAGACACUGACAUCUUGCAAAAUGCAUUAGCUGAAAAUGACACACCCUAUUACGACGUGUCCAGGAAUGCCAGACAUGCUGAUGGAGUGUUCACCAGUGACUUUAGUAGACUCUUGGGUCAACUUUCUGCCAAAAAAUACCUUGAAUCCCUUAUUGGAAAACGGGUUGGCAAUAGCAUCACAGAAGACCAGGGGCCAAUCAAGCGCCACUCUGAUGCAGUCUUCACCGACAACUAUACCCGCCUUCGAAAACAAAUGGCUGUAAAGAAGUACUUGAACUCCAUUCUCAAUGGGAAGAGGAGCAGUGAGGGAGAAUCACCUGACUUUCCCGAAGAGCUAGAAAAAUAAUGGAAAAGCCCUUGGAAGAAAGCUGUUGACAGCUUCCCAGUGAACUCGUGAAGGAAAACGAUAGGCGAAGUGAUUAUAUUUUGAGUUCUACAUAAGUAAUUCAAGAACACAACUUCAGUAUCAAAACCAAAUAAAAUAUAUAGUGUCGUGAAUGUUGUGAUUUGCUUCAUCCUGAUGUAAUAACUGUGAUGUUUACACUGUAAAU